AUGGGGUGCAUAUCUUCCAAGAGUGCUGCUGUUGAUGACAGCAGGGAGGGUGUGGCAAGGGAAUUGACUUCAUCUGGCAAAAGGGCCUCGGAGAUGAAGACUUCUGCAUUGAAUUCCAAGAAAAGGGUCGAGGGAGUUUGGAGGAAAGAGAAGGUUUUAGAUGAUGCUGAUAUGAAAGUUUCAUUAAUUGGCAAGGAAUCCGGUGGUUCGAUGCGGUUGUGUGAUCAUCAGAGUGGGAGGAAGACAAAGGAGAAACCUGAAUCGGCUGUUCUUGAUCAUCCUGGUCUUGGAAGGGUUCCGAAGGGUUUAGAAGGAGAGCAAGUUGCAGCAGGUUGGCCAACUUGGCUAUCUUCUGUUGCUGGUGAAGCUAUCCAAGGGUGGAUACCACGGAGUGCAGAUACUUUUGAGAGGUUUGGUAAAAUUGGACAAGGAACCUACAGUUCAGUGUAUAAGGCACGUGAUUUAACUCACCAAAAGAUCGUUGCAUUGAAGAGGGUACGCUUUGAUAAUUUUGAUGCUGAGAGUGUCAAGUUUAUGGCAAGGGAAAUCCUUGUUCUGCGUAGGCUUGACCAUCCAAAUAUAAUAAAGUUGGAAGGACUGAUAACGUCGCAGACAUCUCGCAGCUUGUACCUUGUUUUUGAAUACAUGGAACAUGAUCUUACGGGACUUGCAUCAAGUCCUAACAUUAGGUUUUCUGAACCACAGGUUAAGUGCUACAUGCAGCAGCUUCUUAGUGGAUUGAAUCAUUGUCAUAGUCGAGGUGUCCUCCACCGUGACAUAAAGGGCUCAAAUCUUCUCAUUGACAAUAAUGGCACCUUAAAGAUUGCAGAUUUUGGUCUGGCAAAUUUUAUUGACCCCCAUCACAAGGUUCCAUUGACCAGCCGUGUAGUAACUCUGUGGUAUAGACCACCGGAACUUUUACUUGGAGCAUCUAAUUAUGGCGUUGCAGUAGAUUUGUGGAGCACUGGUUGCAUACUGGGGGAAUUAUAUAGUGGCAGGCCUAUUUUGCCUGGAAAAACAGAGGUUGAGCAAUUGCAUAGGAUUUUUAAACUUUGUGGGUCACCAUCUGAGGACUAUUGGCACAAGCUGCGGUCACCACAUUCAACAGUAUUCAGGCCUCCCCACCAUUACAGGCGUUGUGUUGCUGAAACAUUUAAAGAAUAUCCAUCUGCUGCCACAAGGCUAAUAGAAACCCUACUUGCUUUGGAUCCCACACUUCGAGGAACAGCAGCUACAGCCCUAAAGAGUGAGUUCUUUUCAACGGAACCCCUUCCUUGUGAUCCAUCAAGUUUACCAAAAUAUCCCCCCAGCAAAGAGAUUGACACUAAAUUGUGGGAAGAAGCAAAAAGGCAAGGAACUGAUGGGAGAAAGGAGAAGAAAAAUGGAUCGAGAGUUCGACAAGAAAAAGAACCUCAGACAUUUAUAUUAUCCAAAGACAAUGUGCACUCUCGCAUAUCAAUGCAGCAAGGGCAACGCCUUCCAAACUCAAGGAGUCGGAACGAAUUCUUCAAUCCUCACAGAGAACCUGUGUCUGGACAUUUGUUUUUUCCACACAAACAGUCAGAGGAUCAUAAAUCAACAGUAAAUUAUUUCUCUGGGCCGCUUUAUCAGAGGCCUAUGCAUUCAGGUCCAUUGGUUCCAGGCAAUGGCUGGGAAAUGGCUGGAAAGGAAGCUGGUGAGCAGCCUCAUGUUUCAAGCAAAGUCAACCUACUAAAACUAUCUGGAGUGGCAUCUAGGACUUCAUUGUCUGGAGAUAAAAAAGAAAACUCUGUUCACUCGAGGCCCCAAGCAAUUCAAGCACAAAGAUCUCAGGAGUCAACUAAUGUUGGAUCAGAGUCAGGGAGAAAGCAUGAUAGAAAACGUCAUUCUCAGAGAAUUGAUCACAGGCAAAUCGGAAAUGGAGAUGUCUCAACUCAAACUUUAAUUCGGGAGGGGCAUGGACCCAUGGGAAACAAUAUCUGCCACCUCUCUGGUCCGUUACUGGUUUCAUCUAACAAUAUGGAUCAGAUGCUCAAAGAGCGUGAUCGAAAGAUCCAAGAAUAUUCGAGACGAGCACGAAUGUACAAGUCUGGUGAGAUAUCUCGUGCAAACCAAAAUUAG